UGUCUCUCUCUCUCUCUCUCUCUCUUGAAAAACCCAAAAUCCUUGUUUGUGUUUUGGACACUCACUUCUCACAGUGGGGAGGACCCAAAGCAAUAGUCACUCACCAUUUUCAAGUUUCUUCUCUACUCAAUUCCCCUUGUUCAUGCAAAACCCAUUUCUCUCCCUCUGAUUUCAGAGAGUAUCGAAAGAAAGGUUGAGAGAAAUGGAGGAAGCGUCUUGUUCACCGGUUUUAGAUGGGGAGUUAGUUGGAAUUAAAUUUGGUUUGGCAACUCAUCAUGAAAUUUGUACAGCAUCGAUGAUGGGAUGCUCCAUUAGCCAUGCCAGUCAGCUUUCCAACCCAUUUCUUGGCCUUCCUCUCGAGUUUGGGAAGUGUGAAUCUUGUGGCACUUCCGAACCUGGAAAGUGCGAAGGGCAUUUUGGAUAUAUCGACUUACCAUUACCGAUAUAUCAUCCUAACCACGUCAGUGAGCUGAAGCGCUUGCUGAGUUUUUUGUGCCUGAAGUGCUUAAAAAUGAAAAAGAACAAGGUCCCAAGCAAGAGUGUUGGUUUGGCUGAAAGAUUGUUAUCUGUAUGUUGUGAGGAUGCUUCACAAGUUUCUAUCGCAGAGAUUAAACCUACAGAUGGGGCUUGCUCCUUGCAAUUGAAACUACCUUCUAAUAAAAAACCACCGCCUGGUUUUUGGAAUUUCCUAGAAAGAUAUGGUUUUCGUUAUGGUGAUGGCGUGAAACGCACUUUGCUUCCUAGAGAGGUGAUGCAGAUUCUUAAAAGAAUCCCUGAAGAUACCAGAAGAAAACUGGCUGCUAAAGGCUAUAAUCCUCAAGACGGAUACAUCUUGAAUCAUAUACCUGUCCCUCCUAAUUGCUUGUCUGUGCCUGAAAUAUCUGAUGGUGUUACUGUUAUGUCUGCGGAUCCUUCAAUAUCAAUGCUCAAAAAAGUUCUAAGGCAAGUUGAAAUGAUCACUAGUUCAAGGUCUGGUACAGCAAAUUUUGAAUCUGAAAUUGUUGAGGCGAAUGAGUUACAAGCAAUUGUUGAUCAGUAUCUUCAAGUUAGGGGUACUGGAAAGGCAUCCCGAGAUAUUGAUGCAAGAUUUGGAGUGACCAAGGAGCUCAACGAUUCUUCAACAAAAGCAUGGCUUGAAAAGAUGAGGACAUUGUUCAUCAGAAAGGGUUCAGGCUUCUCUUCCCGCACAGUAAUUACUGGGGAUGCAUAUAGAAGGGUGAAUGAAGUUGGUAUCCCAUAUGAAAUUGCUCAAAGAAUAACAUUCGAGGAGAAGGUCAAUGUACAUAAUAUUAGGCGUCUGCAAGAGCUGGUAGAUAGCAAGUUAUGCCUAACCUACAGCGAUGGUUCAUCAACUUACUCUUUAAGGGAAGGUUCAAAGGGGCACACAUUUCUGAGGCCUGGUCAAGUGGUGCAUAGGAGGAUAAUGGAUGGGGAUCUUGUUUUCGUAAAUAGGCCUCCAACUACCCAUAAACAUUCGCUUCAAGCACUUCAAGUUUACGUCCAUGAUGACCAUGUGGUCAAGAUUAAUCCUCUAAUAUGUGGACCACUAAGUGCUGACUUUGAUGGAGACUGCAUUCAUUUGUUCUAUCCCCAGUCACUUGCUGCAAAGGCAGAAGUUAUGGAGCUUUUUUCAGUGGAGAAACAGCUGCUUAGUUCUCACAGUGGCAAGCCCAAUUUGCAACUAGCCACCGAUUCACUUUUGUCAUUAAAAAUGAUGUUUAAGAAAUAUUUUUUCGACAAAGCAGCAGCGCAGCAAUUGGCCAUGUUUGUUUCAUCUUCAUUGCCACAACCAGCUUUAUUGAAAGCUAAUUCUGCAGUUCCAUAUUGGACUGCUUUGCAGAUAUUGCAGACUGCAUUGCCUGCUCAUUUUGAGUGCUCUGGAGACAGGCACUUGGUCAGUGCUAGUGAGGUCCUCAAACUUGAUUGUAAUACAAGUCUUAUACCAGCUCUUAUCAAUGACAUUGGUACCUCUAUUUUCUUCGAGAAAAGUGCUGAAGAUGUUCUCAAUUUCUUUAAUUCUAUGCAGCCAUUGCUGAUGGAGAAUUUAUUUUCAGAAGGGUUCAGUGUAGGUUUGGAGGAUUUUGCCAUGUCUAGGGAGUCCAUUCAGGAGAUUAGAAAGGGACUUAAAAUCAUUUCUCCUUUGCUGUAUCAUAUGAGGACAACAUAUAAUGAGCUUGUUGAGUUGCAACUGGAGAAUCACAUUCGAACGGUGAAACAACCAGUUUCGAAUUUUAUAUCAAAUUCAUCAGCAUUGGGUGAUUUAAUUGACUCUAAGAGUGAUUCAGCCAUGAACAAAGUAACUCAACAAGUUGGGUUCCUUGGCCGGCAACUUUAUGACCAGGGGAAACUCUACUCAAAAACAUUGGUUGAGGAUGUGAGCUCUCUGUAUCAGAGCAAGUAUCCAUCUGACAGCGUGGAUUAUCCCUCUGCAGAAUUCGGAUUAGUUCAUAGUGGUUUUGUUCACGGGUUGGAUCCUGUUGAGGGAAUGAUUCAUUCCAUUGCUACAAGGGAAGUAAUUGUUCGGUCCUCAAGAGGGUUGUCUGAACCUGGGACUCUAUUCAAAAAUCUAAUGGCUACUCUCCGAGAUGUUGUCAUUUGCUAUGAUGGCACAGUGAGGAAUGUGUGCAGUAAUUCUAUAAUUCAGUUCGAGUAUGGAGUAAAGAGCGGAUCUAGUCCACAAAAUUUGUUCCCUGCCGGUGAACCUGUGGGUGUGUUAGCUGCAACAGCAAUGUCAAAUCCAGCAUACAAGGCAGUUCUUGAUUCUACCCCAAGCAGCAACUCUUCAUGGGAUCUGAUGAAGGAAAUACUGCUCUGCAAAGUCAGUUUCAAGAACGAGCUCAUUGAUCGCCGUGUAAUCUUGUAUCUGAAUGACUGUGGUUGCGGAAGAAACUACUGCAGAGAACAUGCGGCAUAUUUGGUCAAGAAUCAGUUGAAAAAAGUCAGCCUUAAAGAUACUGCAGUAGAGUUUAUGAUUGAAUAUCAAAAUCAGCGAGCUGCGGGAAGCAUGGAAAUUGACUCUGGCCUUGUUGGUCAUGUUCAUUUGAAUGAGAUGCUGUUACGGGAGUUAAAUCUGGGAAUGUAUGAGAUCCUUCAAAAAUGUGAAGAAACUAUCAAUUCAUUUCGGAGAAAGAAGGUUGGGAAGAAGAUGAACAUCGGUGACAUUUUUAAAAGGACAGUUUUAUCGUACAGUGAAUGUUGUUCUUUUCAUCAAUCCUCUGCUGACAAUGGAUCUGGAUCUCCUUGCUUGAUGUUCUUCUACCAAGAUUUUAAUAAUUCAGAGUUGGAGGCCAUUUCACAAAUCUUGGCUGACUUUAUUUGCCCAGUUCUUCUAAAAACAGUAAUUAAAGGUGAUCCUCGAAUUUCGUCGGCGAACAUAAUUUGGAUAAACUCAGAAUCAACAACUUGGAUAAGAAGCCCAAACAAAUCUCUGAAGGGUGAAUUGGCUUUGGAUGUUGUUCUGGAGAAGUCGGUUGUUAAACAAAGUGGUGAUGCAUGGAGAAUAGCCCUUGAUUGUUGCCUUCCAGUGCUUCAUGUGAUUGACACCAGGCGUUCCAUUCCAUAUGCCAUCAAACAAGUGCAGGAAUUGUUGGGGGUUUCUUGUGCUUUUGAUCAAGCAGUUCAGCGCCUCGCGACAGCUGUUGCAAUGGUGGCAAAAGGUGUUCUCAAAGAGCAUCUUAUUCUCUUGGCAAACAGUAUGACAUGCGCUGGAAAUUUCGUUGGCUUCAAUCCUGGUGGUUAUAAAGCACUAUCUCGCGCACUGAAUAUACAAGUACCCUUUACAGAAGCAACAUUGUUUACACCAAAAAAGUGUUUUGAGAGAGCAGCUGAAAAGUGUCAUAUGGAUUCUUUGUCGAGCAUAGUUGCAUCAUGUUCCUGGGGUAAACAUGUAGCUGUUGGUACUGGCUCCAGAUUUGAAAUCCUCUGGGACACAAGAGAGGGAGGUUUGAACGAAGAGGGUGGGAUAGAUGUUUUCAACUUUCUACAUAUGGUGAAUGCUGCAAAUGGAGAAGAAUCAACUACUGCAGCUUUGGGAGCAGAAAUUGAUGAUCUUGUGCCGGAAUAUGAAAAUGGAGAUGUGUCCUUGUCACCAGAACAUAACUGUACUUCUGAUAAGCCAGUGUUUGAAGAUAUUGUUGAAUUCCCGGAUAGUUUCGAAAAUGUUCCUGGAAAAUCAAGCCGGGAUUCAUCUCUCAACACUGCUUCUUCUGGUGGAAAAGACUGGGGGGCAGUUAAAGUAGGAAGACAAGAUAGCAUUUCAGCAGAAACCCAAGUGGAUAGCACAUCUGCAUGGGGGGCCAAGGUUAGUACAGAAGAUGCCCCAUCUGCAUGGGGAACAGCCAAGACUGCUACUAAAGAAGAUGCCCCAUCUGCAUGGGGGACCAAGACUAGUACAGAAGAUGCCCCAUCUGCAUGGGGAACAGCCAAGACUGCUACAUCUCCAUGGGAGACCAACACUGGUAGAGAAGAUUCCACAUCGGGCUGGGGGACAAGUACUGCCAGAGAAGAUGCCACGACGGCAUGGGGAAAAAGCAAUGAAAAGAAACAUGUUGAGGAUUCCAAGGCUAGAGAAGAUGCCACAUCUUGCUGGGGGACAGAAAAUCCACAAUCUACAUGGAGGACUAGUACAGAAAGCGAGAAUGGUUGGUCUGGUGGUGGGGUGAGUAAAGCUGAAUCAACAGAUGUCCAGUCCAAGAAAGCGCAAGAAGAUUCUACAUCCAAUGGUUGGAAUGCCUUUUCUGGUGGGCCAACAAAACCCCAAAAGGAGAAUGCUGGGUCUGGAUGGGGCAUGAAAGGUUUUGAGAAGAAAGAUGGUAAUGAGUUGGAACAAGAUAAGUCUACUGCCCGUCAUUCUUGGGGGCAGCAAAAGCCCGCUGGUACUUCUCAGGGUCCUUGGGCACAGCAAAAGUCCCCUGAGAUUUCUAAAGAUGCUUGGGGGCAGCAAAAUGCCGCUACUUCAGAAGGUGCUUGGGGUCAAGAAAAGCCUGCCGAUACUUCUCAGGGCAGUUGGGGACGGCAAAAGUCUCCUGAGAUUUCUAAAGGCGCUUGGCAGGAGCAAAAGCCUGCUGAUGCUAAUUCUCAUAGCACUUGGGGACGGCAAAAGUCUCCUGAUAUUUCUGAAGGCGCAUGGGGGCAGCAAAAGCCUGAUACAACUUCUCAAGGCUCUUGGGGACAGCAAAAGUCUCCUGAGAUGUCUCAGGGCACUUGGGGAAGGCAAAAGUCUCCUGAUAUUUCUCAAGGCACUUGGGGAAGGCAAAAGUCUCCUGAUAUUUCUCAAGGCGCAUGGGGGCAACAAAAGCCUUCUGAUACUUCUCAACCUGCAACUGUGAAUCAAUGGGAUUCUCCAAGUGCAGGAGAUGGAAGUGCUGGUGAAAGACAGCAACAAUGGGGUCAUAAUGGAGAUGCAAACAAGAAAAGACGUUUUGAAGGUGGCAGGAGUUGGGGUCCAAAUGCUGGGGAGUGGAAGAGUAAGAAUAGUCGCCCUGCUAAUGCUGAUUCUAGUGUGGCUGCACUAUAUACCGCAACGAGACAAAGAUUGGAUAUUUUCACUUCUGAGGAGCAACAUGUUCUUUCCCAUAUUGAGCCGAUUAUGCUGUCUAUUAGAAGAAUAAUGCAUCAAUCUGGCUACAAUGAUGGAGAUCGGUUGUCAGAUGAGGAUCAAUCAUACAUACUUGAAAAUGUGUUCACACACCACCCAGAUAAAGAUGUUAAGAUGGGUUCUGGAAUUGACUAUUUUACAGUUGAUAGGCAUGGAAGUUUUCAAGAAAGCCGAUGCCUUUUCGUCAUAUCAACUGAUGGUCGCAAGGAGGACUUUUCCUACAGAAAAUGCCUGCAAAAUAUGAUAAAGGGAAAGCAUCCUGAGCUAGCUGAAGCAUUCAAUGACAAGUACUUCAGCAAACCUCGGCGGAAUCCCAUGUUCGGUCAGACCCCUCCAGAGAGAACUGGGAAUGAGGAGACACAGUAGGCCAUUGUCUCCUUGGUGGGCAUGCCUUUUUUGAGAUUUUCUCUGGUGUAAUUAGGUUCAAACAGUGAUCUACCUUUUUGAUUUGUAAAUAUUAGGCAGUUGGUAUCAGCUCCCGACAGAAUCAGUUCCAUUGUCUCUAUCAGAGCAUUUUUGUUGUCGGUAGCUAGUAUCCCCAUGUAGCUGAACCCUGAAUAUGGAGAAGCAAGAUUCUCAUUUAUAAAAAGAGAUGAAGUCUGAUUGCUCAUAUUGUCCAA